UCUCUCCAGCGCGCUUGCCCCGGUAAUUCUGUCGCCAGAGCCAGCCGGCUGGAGCUGCCGCAGCUGCGCCUCCGCAUCCUCGCGCGUCAUCGCUGCCGCCAUGCCCGGAGGACUCCUUCUCGGGGAGGAGGCCCCCAACUUCAAGGCCAAUACCACCGUCGGCCGCAUCCGUUUCCACGACUUUCUGGGAGACUCAUGGGGCAUUCUCUUCUCCCACCCUCGAGACUUUACCCCUGUGUGCACCACGGAACUUGGCGGAGCGGCAAAGCUGGCACCAGAAUUUGCCAAGAGGAAUGUUAAGUUGAUUGCACUUUCAAUAGACAGUGUUGAAGACCAUCUCGCCUGGAGCAAGGAUAUCAAUGCUUAUAAUUGUGAAGAACCCACAGAAAAGUUACCUUUUCCUAUCAUCGAUGACAAAAAUCGGGACCUGGCCAUCCUGUUGGGCAUGCUGGACCCAGCAGAGAAGGACGAAAAAGGCAUGCCUGUGACAGCUCGAGUGGUGUUCAUUUUUGGCCCUGAUAAGAAAUUGAAGCUGUCUAUUCUCUACCCAGCCACCACCGGCAGGAAUUUUGAUGAGAUUCUCAGAGUAGUCAUCUCUCUGCAACUGACAGCAGAAAAGAGGGUGGCCACCCCAGUCGACUGGAAGGAUGGUGACAGUGUGAUGGUUCUUCCAACCAUCCCUGAAGAGGAAGCCAAACAACUUUUCCCUAAAGGAGUCUUCACCAAAGAGCUCCCAUCUGGCAAGAAAUACCUCCGCUAUACUCCCCAGCCAUAAGGCUCAGCGAAGAGCUGGUGCUGGAGCAGCUCGCUCAGCACAGUGAGCUAGGGGACAUCUGCCACCAGUCAUGUCUUCCUGCAGCAGUUGUAUAAAAACAUCUGGAGUGAUCACAGCUACUGUCCUUAGGUCCUGUGCUACCAACUUAUUAAAUGAAAAUGGCACCAAAAGAUUCUUGGGAUUCUUGACUCUGUGCCUUCACCAGCAUUCUGCUCUGUUUAUAUCUCUCAGCAAUCUGCUGGCUC